AUGCAUCCAAGACCACUUCUCUCUGCUUUGCUCCGGCUCAAGCAUGGCUUUAACUUCUCUGAUGACAGCUUCACAACCCUCUCCUCCUGGAAUCUUGAUAACAAGAAUUGCUGCUCUUGGGAAGGUAUCAUGUGCCGUGGGGCCACUGGUCACGUGAUCAGCCUCAACCUCAGCCACCUCUGGAUAUCUGGUUGGGUUGAUUUUCAAAGCAUCUUUCAUCUUCACAGCUUAAAGAAACUCGAUCUCACUGGCAACUACUUUGAUGUCUCUCCAUUCCCUUCUGGGUUCAAUCAGCUACUGAGCUUGACCGAUCUCAGCCUCUCUUCUUCGCGCUUCACUGGCCAAAUCCCACGUGAAAUCUCCCGCCUGACCAGUUUGGUUUCUCUCCAUCUAACUUACGAUCGUUAUUACGAAGAUUCUCAACUUCAAAUUCUGAAGCUUGAGAACCCAAGCAUCGGUGCACUAGUCCAAAACCUAUCGAGUCUGAGAGAACUCUCUCUUGAUGGUGUAAAAAUCUCAGCGCAUGGUACUGAGUGGGGUCAGGCCUUGUUCAAUGCACUCCCUCGACUCCGCAAGUUUAGCUUGUCCUACUGUAAGCUUUCAGGCCCCAUCCAUUCUUCCCUUUCGCAGCUCCCUUUCCUAUCUGAACUCGACCUCAGCAAUAAUAGUCUCUCUUCCGCACUACCCAAAUUUGUAACCAGCUUUAGCAAACUGCACUAUUUGGAUCUUUCAUCGAAUAGUUUCAGCGGUCCAAUUCCUUCUUCCUAUGGAAAUGAGCUUCUGAAUCUUGAAGAGAUCAUCUUAUCAGGCAAUUUGCUAAAUGGGACCAUACCAUCAUCCUUGUUUUCACUCCCAUCGUUACGGAGGCUAGAUCUCAGAAGUAACCAACUUGAAGGUCAGCUCGGCGAGCUCCACAAUGCCUCUUUCUCUCAAUUGGAGGACAUUUAUUUGGAUAACAACAACCUGCAAGGGAUUAUACCGAGCUCGAUCUUUAAACUUAGGAAGCUUGGUGUCCUUUCAUGUCCUUCCAACAAUUUCAGUGGCAAUGUGGAGCUAGGCCUAUUCAUGAGUCUCAAGAACUUCUGGUAUCUUGAUCUUUCAGAUAACAGCUUGUCAAUUGAUAACCCGAGUAAUUAUUCAUCAUCCAUCUCUUUUCCUCCGAUGAUAAAGUUUUUGAAACUCCGGUCAUGCAACAUUAGUGAAUUUCCAGGCCACGUGGUGGAAAGAUCUAAAGAAAGGAAGAUUUCUUCAGAUGCUUUGAUGGCUAAAUAA